UUUGAAUCGACACAACACUCGCAGGGAAGAGACUUGUUAAUAUUUUAAUUAAUAUGGAAUCUGUUUACGAUCGCGGUCUAAUAGAAGUUGGUGAUAAUGGGAAGUUUCAACGAUAUUUCGAUUUUAAAUACAACAUAAUAGUUGUAUUUCUUUGGAGCAUGGCCUUUAUGAAUAUUGUGUUAUCCUUAGCUAUUAUGCCCUAUACGUGUAAAUUACCGGAGAAACCACAAAAUGUUAGUGAUUAUGAAUGGAAGGCGAAAUAUUUACCAACGCGAAAGGAUGUUAACGGAGAGAUGAAAUUUUCAAGUUGUCUUAUUUAUAAUGAUCCUGAUACCACAAACGCAACUAAAGAAUGUGAUUCGUAUAACUUCGAUAAAACUUGGUACGAAUGGACAAUUCCAUCAGAAAAAAAUUGGGUAUGCGAUAAAGAAAUAAAUGUUGCCAAUAUUUAUGCGUAUAGUAAAAUAUCAGAAGCCUUCGGAUCCGUUUUCUUUGGUUGGUUCGGAGAUGUAUACGGACGUCGACCAACCUACAUUUUAUCGCUAACAAUGAUUGUAAUUGGACGAAUUGUUUCCCUCGUCGCAGGCUCUUCUUUUAUUGUUUUCGUCAUUGGUUGUAUAAUAGCUUCUCUACCUUCCUGGUCAGUACCACAAACCGUUUCGGUUAUAUCAAUGGAAAUGUCAUCCUCAUCUCGAAGAACUGUUACUACAACUUUGCGAUAUACAGCUUUCAGCAUUGGCUUAGCAAUUAUGCCAUUUCUAUAUUGGUGGCUCAGGGAUUGGAAAACAUUCAUUAUUGUAACUACGGCCCCUCUGCUUCCAUUUGUGUUACUUUCUUGGAAAAUAACCGAAUCACCAAGAUGGAUGUUUGUGGAAGGCAAUGCAAAAAAAUGUAUAAGAACGAUGAAAAAAAUAGCUCAAACGAAUGAUUUUAAGUUGAGUCAUGACAUAGAAAAAGAAAUGUUAUCUACCACUUAUUCAAAUAACGCGCAGUGGUUUGGACCAUUUGCAUUAUUUUCGAGCAAGAGAUUGGCGUUGAAUACAAUACUACUCUUAUUACUUUGGAUAUUCGUUUCCAUCAUGUAUGCUGUAAUGCUAUUAAGUGUAGGUGAAACGUCACAAUCAAAUCCGUUCCUUGAAUUCUCUAUACAGUCAAUUGUUGAAAUUCCAUCCAAUUUUUUGGGAGCUUGGCUGUGUGAUCGCAUCGGUCGUCGGCGUUCAGCUGUUUCAUCACUCAUAGUCAUCGCUUUGAUGUGGUCUGUUGUUACUUUCCGUGAAAUGACAUCUCUGGAAUGGUUACGGCUGCCAUGGAUAGGUAGUGCCUUGAUUGCAAUAGGAAGGUUGACAAUAUCGAUUACAUUUUUUGCAAUAAACCUGAUGAAUCUGGAAAUAUACCCAACCUGCUUGCGACAAUCGGGACUAUCUCUGGGGAAUGUUGUAUCAAGUGUAUCUGCUGCAAUAUCUCCAUACAUAUUGUUCUUGGGACGUCGAGUUGAUUCCCGAUUACCUGGAUUGAUAUUGACAAGCGUAUCUAUAUUCAGUGUAUUUACGUCAAUGUUCCUGCCGGAAACAUUGAAUGCUAAGUUGCCCGAAACAAUAGAAGACGCACAAAAAUUUGGAGAAAAAAUUAAGAAAGAAUACUCUAAAGUAUCUACAAAGGAAGGAGACUUAGAAAAUAUUAGCUCAACGAAAGAAAUUCUAAAACGACAACAAUACAGUUGAACGAACAAACUAUUGAAGACUGAAUGGAUUAAGUAGGUUAUGUUUUUUAAAAAUCAGUUAAAUAGGCAUUUAAUAUUCACAUGCUUUGAUAUGUUUAAUUAUAAUCAAGACUGCUAUCCUUGGUUCAAUUUAGUUGAGCCCACGAAAAUUAUAGUCAAUGCUACAAUUUUUGUCAAUAAAGUUUUUGAAUAUA